AUGGCUAAUCUAUUUCGAGGACCCGAACGUUCAUCAUAUAAAGAAUUUACCCCAUUUGCAUAUUUCUCUUAUCAAUUAGGUCGAGAAACUUUUCAACAAGGUUACCUUGGUAUUACAAGCAAUGUGUCAAUCGUUGGUUUGUUGAACCUUAGAUUUCCUGCACAACAACCUUUAUAUGCAAAACAAAUACAGAUUCAUUUUUUAGGAACUGAAUGUGUUCAAAUACAAGGAACAGGUCCAAAGGUUUUAGUUUAUGAUACAAAUCCAAUCUGUACGGUGACCAUCGAAUUAUGGAAAAGUCCGGAUGAUAAAUAUCAUCAAAUCCAUGAUAUGGAUUUACCUUUUGAAAUUCCACUUCCGAUUGACAUACCUUCAAGUAUGUCCAUUGAUAAAGGACGUGGGAAAAUUGAAUAUUGCCUUCAAGCUAUCAUAUCAAAGAGAUCUAAUUUUCGAGGCUCGGAAAAGAUCAUACAAUGUGCUUACGAUGUCAAUCGUUACAUUUUACCACCUUUACCUGAACCUAGACAAUGGAUAAAGGAAGAUCCAAUGAAACAAGGAAUUAAAUAUGAAAUCUCUUUAAACAAUAAUGUUUUUGGACCUCGUUGUCCAAUUGUAGUAAGAAUGAAGUUAACGUUCUAUGAUCCUCGUGUUUCCCUGGAAAACAUAGUAAUAGGCUUGAGAGAAUAUACUGUCAUUGCAGAUCAAUCCGAAUUUGAUAUUAAAAAGAAGAGUAAAUAUAAGUUGAAAACGAUAUUAAAAGGUAGACAGAUAUCAAUGACAUCAGAAUCACAAUACAGUGAAUGUACAACGGAUAUCCAAUUUACAAUACCCGAAGACUGUGUUGGUAAACUGACUUGGUCACAUGAAAGUUUUAAUAUCGCGGUUUUUCACAAGCUAAAGAUCAAAGUUAGGUUCGGUCUGUUUAGCAAAUAUAAUUUUAAUUUAGAUGUUCCAGUAAAAAUUGUAAAUAUGUUAAGUGUUGAAGAAGAAGAAUUUUUGGCUGAUGAAGUUUUACAUCAACAAGAAAUUUCAAUUUAUUCGGAUGCUCCUCCUCCCGCUUAUGAACCAGAUCGGUUUACUAACCCGGUUUCUCUUCCCCUUUAUUCAUCGUAA